GGACAGAAAGCAACGGAGGGAAGCCUUUUUUGGCAUUUUCUGUAGGGGUUAUUGAGUGUAAGAGGCGGUGCAAAGGGACAUAAGAACAUAUUUAGAGGGACGUAAAUGAAGAAUUGACAGACAUUUGCUUUGGUGCUAGUCAACAUGAGGUCAUACAUGCUUCUCUUGGUUCUGCUGCAGUUUCUGGGAUGCUCAGGCAUCCCUCUGUCCAACCCUGAGCUGGAGGCUAUGGCAGAGAAGGCUCUCGGGGCUGCUCUGACAGAAGUCAACACUGUGUACGCUGCCAGUCGUCUUUACCGGGUGACUCACGGCUCUGUCACAAGAGUUAUUCCCACAGGCCAGAGCACCAGUGACUUGAUGCUUUCAUUUGGCAUUAAGGAGACAGACUGUGCCACAGCCUCCGGAAGUGACCCACAGACAUGCGCCUACAGAACAGGCUUCUUUGUGCGUACCCUCUCCUGCACCUCUCGGGUUCGGAUGUUCCCUGCCUCAACCCAGGUGGUCUCUCUCAAAUGCGGUGGCGGCUCCAGCAGCAGCGAGUCUAGUGAGGAGAUGUUCCGAGGGAGACACCAAUUCAAUUUCCCUUCUGCCAACAGAGUGUAAGUGACCAGAGGGCCCAAACUUUCAACAGUCCCGGGUCCAACACCUCAGACCGGACAGGAGCGCUCCCUCCACGGCCAGGCAGUGAACCCCCGGCUCGGAGGAGACGGUUUGAAUAACUACCUGGAGUGAAAGUUCCAGCUGAAACUUUUUAAAUGGUGCUUCUCAGAAGACAAACUUGAAUAAAAAAGUUGAAUUAAA